AUUCAAUAAUUUAAUUCCUAAAAUUUACUUGAUUAUCUUUAUGUCAAAUAAUGGAACAGAAGGCGAACAAUCGAUAAAAACUAAUAGUCAAGGCCCUCCAAGAACACGAUCAAUUAUUAAAAAAGAAUAGGACAACCUACAAAUAGUAGUUUCAAAAAUCAAAAGUGAAAAUAGAAUAGUAAAAAAGAAAAUGAAACGCAAAAGACUAUAUACCAAAGCAAAAAGAGUAGGGUUAAGAAAAAGAACAGAAAUUCCAGCAUUUGAAUCCUUUACUCCAACUGAAGAUAAAUUAAUUCUUUCAUCUGUAUUAAAAUUAGGUCCUAAAUUCAAAGUUAUAUCAACUUUUUUUCCAUAAAAAUCACUUAGUACCGUAAAAAAUCGAUAUUACAAAUUUUUGAGAUAUAGAUGGAUAUAAAUUAUGGGAAAGUAAGGAAUUCAAUCUAUAUACAAGAGAUUAUGAUACAAUGUAUAAAGAAAGUCAAACAACUGUUCCAUAGAAUGAGGAGAUUAUAGAAACAGUAGAAUUAUUUCCAGAUGUAAAAGACAUCUUGAUGAACAUGAUUUCAAAAAUAAAAUCUUUAAUAUUAUAAUGA